AUGAUGAAGAGCGAGGAUCACUCAAGCAUUAAUGUAGAUGAGUCGAGCGCUGUUGAAAAAGGCAAAGCGCCGCUCAUUGCUACUGCGAGGGAUCAAAAAAGCGGAUUCAAGAAAGUAUUGGGUAUUGCGGACUUCCUUCUGAGACUAGGAGCCAUUAUUGCAGCUUUAGCUGCUGCUUCCACCAUGGGAACCAGUGAUCAAACUCUUCCUUUCUUCGCUCAAUUCUUCCAGUUCGAGGCCAGUUAUGAUGAUCUCCCCACAUUUAUGUUUUUUGUGAUCGCAAUGGCAUUAGUUGGCGGAAAUCUCGUCCUUUCUCUCCCUUUCUCCAUAAUCACUAUUGUCCGCCCUCAUGCAGUUCCGCCCAGACUCCUCCUAUUCAUUUCGGAUACUGUAAGCAUUCGCAUGCAUGCUAGGAUUUCCAUACGAAUCUAUGGAAAAACAAUAUAUUAA